GGUGUCCCGCAGUGCGGGCAAGCGGCGCGCAGGAGGGUGCUGGGCACGCGAGCUGGGGAGCUGGGGCAAGCACUUUCCCUCUCUCCGGGCGCCAGGAAGAUGACGCGCUUCGCUCUGACCGUUGUCCGGCAUGGAGAAACAAGAUUUAACAAGGAGAAAAUAAUUCAAGGACAAGGAAUAGAUGAGCCUCUUUCAGAAACUGGAUUUAAACAAGCAGCUGCCGCUGGCAUGUUUCUUAAUAAUGUGAAGUUUACUCAUGUUUUCUCCAGUGACCUCAUGAGGACAAAGCAGACCGUGCAUGGGAUUUUGGAGAAGAGCAAAGUUUGCAAAGAUUUGACAGUAAAGUAUGAUUCAAGACUUCGAGAAAGAAAAUACGGGGUCGCAGAAGGCAGGGCCCUAAGUGAGCUAAGGGCAAUGGCCAAAGCAGCUGGGGAAGAAUGCCCUAUGUUCACACCACCCGGAGGAGAGACCUUAGACCAGGUGAAAAUGCGUGGAAAAGACUUUUUCGAUAUUCUUUGUCAACUGAUCCUGCAAGAAGCAGGUCAGAAUGAACAGUUUUCCCAAGGAGCUCCAAGCAACUGUCUGGAAACUUCUCUGGCAGAGAUAUUUCCUUUAGGAAAACCCUGUGCCUCUGAAUCUAAUGCAGACAGUGGCGCACCAGGAUUAGCCGCCAGUGUCUUAGUUGUGAGUCAUGGUGCUUACAUGAAAAGCCUGUUUAAUUAUUUUCUGACUGACCUUAAGUGUUCCUUACCCUCAACUCUGAACAAAUGCGAAUUUAUGUCAGUCAGUCCCAACACAGGGAUUAGUCUCUUUAUUGUAAACUUUGAGAAUGGAAGAGAAGUGAAGCCAACAAUUCAGUGUGUUUGUAUGUACCUACAGGAUCAUCUGAAUGGAGGGACUGAAACUCGCUAAAAUUUAAAUCUACAUCAAAAUUUUGAACUUCUGAGGGAGUGCCUUUGGCUUUAUUUGUUUCCAUCCUCUGCUAGCGCUGAUUUGGAAACAGUUAAAAAGCUAUUACAGCAGGUUAUAAAGCUUGAAUGGAAUCGUGGCCACAGAGAACACUAAUGGAAACCAUUUACGAUUGACUUACUUUGUCUUGAGUACAGUUGACUUUUUCCAAAGUAAUUUUACUACCCUGUUCAGUUACAUCUCUGGAUUGUAAAUGAAUCAAAGAAUUCAGUAUUGCAAAUUGAGGGAUUCAUGACCUUGUAACUAUGUUUUUUUGUUUGUUUUUGUUUUUUUUUCAUUUUCUUUGUUAUUUUUCUUUAACAUCUGAAAAAUCUAGCCUAUUUUAUUGGCUCUUGGGUAAGAUACUGUAUGUUUUUUACUGUAUCGUCCAGUGCUUAAAAGAAGGAACUAUUUAUAAUUCCCAUUGCAUAUUUAUAGUGAGAACAUAUUGUAUUUUAAAAGUCCUUUAAAUUAAAAAUUCUUAACCAUCCUCAGUUUUAUAUAAAGCAAAAUGACACUAAAAUUUUUAAUAUAGAAAUCAACUGUUAGAAUUUUUUACUAUAGAGGGUUUGAAAUGUGGAUGAAUGGAGAUUAUGGUUGCAGGUUGGUCUGGUGAGGAAGAAUGGAAAGCAUCAUUUGACUAAGAAACAUUGAAGAAGGAAACUCUGCGCAGAAGAAGACAAAAGAGCAUCUCUUUCUCAUCUAAUAGGCUGAAGAAUUUAGUUUGGAGAAGGCUCUAAUGAGAGUAAAUGGUUACUAGUGUACUACACAGUAACCUCAGAAGGAAGGGGGAUGCUUCCUUGGAAAGAAUGUUGCUCCGAUAACCCCAACUGUGGGGUUUUGUGGAAGGUACAGUUGCCUCUUUCUUCCAGCAGAUGGCACUGGAGCAAAGGGAUUUUGGUUAACUGAAUUUUGUACACAAGAUUGGCCCCUCAAAAAAUCCUCACCGAAAUGAAAGUGUUUUCCAUGUGGUUUGCUUUUAAGUUAUCGUGCUGAUGAAUGCUGAGUCUCACCUUACAAGAGUGUUAAUACUAAAGUUUGUCAGUUAAGGCCAAAAUCACGUGUAGUCCAAAUUUACCAUGGACAGCUUGUAAGUCCUACGUAAUGUUCAGUGUUAGCAGUGUUCUCAGUGGGUCCAUCCGUGCCCCUCUCCUGUCAGCGUUGGAAGAGAGCUCGUGGUUGACCACUAGAGGGAGGCCUCUGCAAGAGAGAACUUGAAAAGGGAAGCGAAAAGGACGAAUAAUAAUAAAUGUAAUAAAUGUCCGCAUUCUCACCAUCCAGAAGUAAUAACUUCCCCGCUUUUUGUUUUAUUUAUUUUAUUAUUAUUAUUAUUAUUUUAACAAAAUAACACACUGAGAUGUAAGUGAAGUUCCUUUAACCAGUCCCCGCAGUGCUGUGCCCUCUUGUACUGUGCAGAGGCCACCACCGCGGUGCGUCUGUGCGUACAUUCAUCUGUUCCUGACCGUUUACCUAGGAUCCUAAGGAAACGUUAUUGCUUCAGUGUUUUUUCAAAUGUACAUAAAUAUCAUCAAUCUGUAUUCUGCAUUUUCAAUUACUAUAUCAUGGGGUUCUAUCUAUGUUGCUAUGUAUGGAUGUAUUUACUAUCACUGUAUUCUAUUAAAUAAAUGUGGCACAUUUUGUUCA